AUGCCCCCAAUACGCCGCUACCUCCGCAUCAGCAAAUACUCUGUGCUCGAAUGCCGCGUCUACCUCGACAACCCAUCCGACACACGAUGGCUCCUAGACACCCGCAAUACCAAUAAUAUCUCCAUGCUACGCCGGAUUUUCGAUACCAUCAAACCGCUUGUCCUGCCCAAACUGAGGGAGGAGAAUGAACGUGCGCUAGCGAAAAAGAAGAGUAAUCCUGUCAAGGAUGUUUUGGUAGAGGAUGAUUUUGAGGUUGCGAUAUUCCUACGCGAGUCUGGAACCCGUCAUUCCCUGCUUACGAAGCAAAAGGUGUUUGGGAAGCAGGGCAGGAUUAAGAGUAACUCGAAUAAACUUACGGGGACGACUGAUUCUGCUGGAAUAUUGAUUGAGAGUGACGAUGAGGAAAAUAUGACUAAUGUACCCGAGGCAACUGAAGAUACAGAAGGCAUUGAGGGUAUAGAGGAUGAAGGAGGAGAGAAAAAGCUUCGAUUCGAGACGAGUUAUGAGGGAUUUACUAUCUGGGGCUGGGUCCUUUGUUUGCUUGUGACGCGCAGGGGACGUGGGAAUAGGCCUCGCAUGGGGGAGACUGCUGCUGCUGCUACUUCUGGGCAGGCGCUGAUGGAGGAAUGGAUAGGUACGCAGAUACAGCCUGCGCUUGAUGAAGAUUGA